GUUGCUCUUGAAAGCCAUUGGAAAAGCCUUCACACGUUGAUUUCUACGGCGACUUGUGAAAAUGGCCACAUUAUUAAAACUGUUCCCAACUUGCACCUGGACAGGUCGACUGGCUCACCUAAGCAGAAAAGGCUGGGCCCAAAGUAGAAGUGGGAGACUUCUGCCCUGUUUUCCAGCUAGCCAGAGAUGUGCAUCUACAACCAGCUAUUUGACUGUAGAGAUGGACGACAACACUGGUGUUGCUGUUGUAACAAUGAAAAGUCCUCCUGUGAACAGCCUCAGUCUAGACUUUUUGACUGAGUUUUCUAUUAGCAUUGAGAAGCUUGAAAUGGAUCGGAAAUGCAGAGGAGUUAUCUUGACUUCUGGUCUUCCAAAAGUAUUUUCGGCAGGUUUGGACAUAAUGGAGAUGUAUGGAAAGGGCCCAGAACAUUGUGCAGAGUUUUGGAGAGCUGUGCAGGAGAUGUGGUUAAAACUAUAUGGAUCCAAUAUGAUUACCAUUGCUGCAGUUAAUGGUUCAAGUCCUGCAGGGGGUUGUCUAAUGGCCAUGGCUUGUGACUACCGAAUAAUGGCAGAUAAUCCUAAAUACAGUAUUGGACUGAAUGAAACUCUGCUUGGCAUUGUUGCUCCUUUCUGGUUCAAGGAUACCAUGAUGAAUACAAUUGGUUUUAGAGCUACAGAACUUGCCCUCCAGUUGGGCCUCUUGCACAAUGCUCCUAACGCCUUACGAGUAGGCCUGGUUGAUGAACUUGUACCUGAAAAGGAAGUCCUAAGUGCGGCUUCCACUGCUAUUUCUAAGUGGCUGGCAAUUCCAGAUCACGCUCGCCAGAUUACUAAGUCUAUGAUGAGAAAGCCUACCAUUGAUCGUCUACUGUCUCAUAGGGAUCAGGAUAUUAACAACUUUGUAAGCUUCAUUACCAAAGACUCUAUUCAGAAGUCCCUUCAAGUUUACAUGGAAAGGCUGAAACAGAGGAAAACGUAACCAUGGGAAGACUUUGGCAUGGAAAUACAGCUUCAAGCAACCUAGGUGAAUAAAAAUGAGUUUUUGCUUCCUGGAAAAGUUGUUCAAUCCAUGGUCUUUAGCAUCUGUGAAAAUAAAUAAAACCUUUUUUUUUCUUCUAAGGAGAUAUCCCUUGUUUUGCAAACGUUUUAUAGUGUCGACUUACCCGUGAUCCUGAAAUCAAACUUGCAAUUAUUAACGUGUUUCUGUAUUUUCAAUUGAUUAAAUAAAGAGUCAGACUUCUUUAUCUAA